AUGUCAUUUUCUCUUCAUACAAUGAUGAGAGAACGUCCAAGAGCUUAUCUUCGAAAUCGAUUUUCGGAAACAGUCUGCAAAUUUUUAAACCUAUUUACGGUUUGUUCGCGUCAUUCAACGGCGUAUAUCAUUGAGAAUCCAUCUUAUUCCACUCCAUUUAUAAUACCAAGUCCUACCAUUACACGACGAAACGUGUAUUUAUCUAACCGGCACAAAUUGACCUUUUAUCCAACAAGUUUCACUUCACUCGAUCGAAUAGAUCAAAACAAUCGAGUUUCUGCGUCGCUGUCUUCUUCUUCUUCGUUGUCGUCGUCACCUAUUUCAACCUGUCACUCUUGUUUGACGAAUGAUCAAAUGCUGUGCACAAAUUCUGAUAGCCUCGACAAAUCCUCAACACCUCCUGCAUCAACACACUUUUCCUAUCUAAUUCGGCCAACAACGCCAUGUAUAUUUGGGAGAGAAGAUUAUCACGAUGAGGACGAAUAUAUGAAUGAUGACGAUGAAUUCUUUUUAACUGCGGGUGGAAUUGUACAUUCUUGUCCAAAUAUCUAUGAAUUAUCCGUUGUUAAUCAUCGAAAACUGCAGUCAUGUGAUCACUUGAUUUUUCUCAAUCAUGAAAAUACAUUAGUUAAUCACAGUUGUUUGAAUUGUUACGAUACAGAAUUAGACCGAUAUUCCAUUGUCCCACGUUUUCAACCGAUUGCAUCAUCGAUAUCGACUGAUUCAAUUAAUUCUGAACUUGAAUUAUACAAAGAACGACACGCAAUCGGACUUUAUCGUCAACAGUAUCAUGAUGAAACAUUUUUACCUACUACUUGGAAAUCUGAUAAUUAUCUUUUGUUUAUGCCAGUUAUAUCUUCAUCUCAUCGAUCGUCAUUUUUAAGCUUAAUCGAUCACGGAAAACGAUCACGUUCGCAUGACACAUCUUUUGAACAACCGUAUGCGUCUAUAGUUACAUAA